CACCUGUCGCACUUUCAACUCGCCAUUUGUUCCAUGGCUGACUGACGUCUAGCGCAGCCAGAAACGUUAGGUCGAGACAUGUUAUGUAGCGUUAGAGUUACGCGUUCACAUUCCUAUUGUGCUAGACAAUGACGCGCGACGUCAGCGACGGCGACGGCAGUCCGCCUCGCAUGGUAACCCGCCACCGCGGACCCGGACACCCUGGCACCUCGGCCACUACUCCACGUGGCAGGCGUGGCGGUGGUUUUGGCGACGAGCAUAUGCUCUCGCCCAGAAAUGGCGGGGCCAACGGGGUAGGGGGAGGGGGAGGGGUAGAGGGGGAGUACGGGUUGGGCCAGCAGCAGCAGCGGGCGCGGGCGGCGAGCCGGCCGUUGGUUCGCACGGUGCAGGAGGGGCAGCAGAUGGCGGCGCAGGUGCUGGACGCCGACGAGUACCCCGACGAGUACCUCGACGCGCCCGACGGCAGCGCCGACUAUUUAUCGCAACGAGGGCCCGUCCGCCGCGCCACGGUGCCGUCGCCGUCCGCCGCGGGAUACCAGGGCCAGGCAGGCGGCGUGAGCACGUCGCCGCUUCGCGCCAACAUGGGCGCGGGGAUGGGCGCGGGGGUGGGGAUGGGCAUGAGCGCGGGGCACGGCAUUGCGGAUGGCGAGAAGGACAGAGGGCGGCACGAGCGUGGCGACCCGCGACGAGGCGGCGAGGCGAAGCAAGUGCGAAAGUUCUCGUCGCUGCCCAGCUAUUCGGGCGGCGACGGCGCCGUGCUCUCCCCGCAGGAGGUCAUGAGUCCUCGCCGCGUCGCCAAGCCCGCGCGGGCCACCAUGGCCACGGGCAUGUGCAUGGGCGCGGGUGCGACGGGCAGCUACCAGCCGUCGUCGCGGGGCGAGGCGGAGGUGCUGCGCGCGGUGCUGGCGCUGCUGGACGGCGUGCGCGACAACGACGUGACGCGCGUCAACCGCAUCCUGCAGGACGCGCCCUCGCGCACGGCGCUGCUCAACUGCUGCCACCCGGGCACGGGGCGCACGGCGCUGCACGAGGCGGUGAUGGCGGGCAGCGUGGAGGCCGCUGCUGCGCUGCUCGAGUGGGGGGCCGACCCCGAUGGCGGCCAGUCGUCCCAGAUGCCGCCCAUACUGCUGGCGGUGCAGGGCGGCGGGGACAAGCUGGUGACGCUGCUGCUGUCGCAUGGGGCGGACAUCAACGCGCACGACACCCACCUCUGCACCGCGCUGCACUACGCCUGCGCUGCUGCCCACCGCGGCAUAAUCAAGCUGCUGCUGGUGGCGGGCGCCAACAUGUACGCGCGCAACAGCGACGGCCUGCUGCCCCAGCAGCUGGCGAGCACGGACCGCAUCCGCGCGCUCUUCUCCAAGCUGCACGACUACCACCACCGCCACGGCCUGCUCCCCCACCACGCCACCGCUGCCAAUAGCGCCAUGGCCGUGGGCGCGUCCCCUCCGGCCAGCCCUGGCGGCCUGGACAGGCGCAGUCCGCACGAGGGCGGGCUGCUGGGCGACGAGGCGUGGGACGAGGAAGGCAUGAACGGCGUGUCAUCCCAGCGCGUGGCGUCCCCCCGCGCCGUGGCAGCGCGCAUGAGGGCGGCUGCCAGCGCCGCCGUGGACGCUGCUGCUGCUGGGGGCGCGGGGGGCAGCAUGCGCGGGCGCUUGGCAGGCGACAGGUGGGGGGGGAGGGAUGACGAGUGGGGCAGUGGGGGGGGCAGUGAGAAGGAGGCACGCAGGGGGGGGCGCGGGGAGGAGGGGUAUUCAAGGGCGCAGGAGAUGGUGGAGAGCAACGAGCACAUCUUCCGCCAGGCCUGGGAGAACGACCGCCAUGACGACGCGCCCGCGCUCCCCUGGCCCAGCCCCUCCGCCUCCGCUGCUGCCACCAGCAGCAGCAGCAGCAGUAGCAGCAUGGGUGGGAGGGGGGGGGGCGCGGAGGGGGAGGAGGCAGCGGGGGCAGCAGCGGUGGCGCGGCGGCAGGUGCAGGUGCACGUGAGGGAUGCGGCGCGCACGCUGUCGGUGGAGUCGGGGGGCGCGCACUACCAGCGCCGCAUCGUGCUCGCGCCCGACGCCAACUCCAUGUCUGACGCCGAGGGCUCCUCCGCCACGCGCCGCCAUGCCGCGGGGGGGGCAGGCCCAGCAGGGCCGGGCGGCGGCGGGCGGGGAGAGGUGUCCCGCUUGGCCCGCCCGCGCAACUUCGCUGACUUCAGGGCGGAGCGACUGAGGCGCGUAGCGUCCGCAGCGCGGGCGGCGCGGGACAACCCCUAUGCCUCGUGGAAUGGGGGCUCGCUGGCGGACAGGGGCGCUCUGGCGGACAGAGGUGCAGGGGGCGGGGCGGUUACAGGCGUGGGCGGUGGGGGGGACAGACAGCCACAUCGGUCAGCGAGCUCGGAGGAGAGGCAGGGUGAGGGGGUGGGGGAGAGGGGAGGGGGGAGGGGAGGGGCAGGGCAUUUGCGGCACUUGAGGGAGAGUGGCAACGCGGACAGUGACAGCGAGGUGGUGACCAGGCGGUCGCGAGCCAUCAAGGCAGCAGGCAGCCCCUCCACGCCCUCACGCUCGCCUCCCCCGUCCGACUUCUCGCGCCGCUUCUCCUCGCUGCGCGUCGCCGAUGGCGCCGGCCUCAGGGCCGCCAGUCCCGGCAGCAGUGCGGGCGGCGACGAGGAGGCGGGCAGGCGGGGGGUGGCAGGCAGCGCGCGGGCGAGGAGUCCGCUGAAGGGCGCGCAGGCAGCGCCGUGGGAAGACGACGGCAGCCCGCGCACCCCCACAGGUGGCGCAGCAGCAGGGGCUGGUGUGGGUGGCGGUGGCGGCAGCAGCAGCGGGCGCAUGACACCCCGCGGGCCCCGCGAGCGCAGGUCCGUGAAGUUCGCCGUGCCGGAGGGGGGCGACAGGGACAGGGACAGGGACAGGGACAGGGAGAGGGAGAGGGGCGAGGGGCAUGGGGCCAAUGGGGGUCACGGGGGGCAUGGGGGCGGUGGCAGCGAGGAGGGAGGUGCGGGUGAGGGCAGGGGCAAGGAAAGGGACAGGAGCGAGAGGAAUGAGAGGAACGAGCGCAGCGAGCGCAAGUGCCAGUCGUUUGUGCCGCCGACAGCAUCGGGCACGGGCAGGAGGGGCGGGGGCGGAGGCGCGGCGUCGGUGUCAGAGGAGGACCUCAAGCUCAUCCGCGCCGACUGGCGGGCCGACGCCGCCAGGGGCGGGUGCGUGGCGUGCGGCGAGGUGCUGUGCGCCUGCAAGACCCGGCCCGACAACAGAAGCACGCCCGUGAAGAAAGGCACGUCGGAGGAUAAACAGGCACCCGGUGGGGGCAAGGAGGGGAAGGAGAAGGGGAGGGAGAAGGAGAAGGGGAAGGGGGUGGAGAAGGAGGAGGCGGUGGGCGGGAAGGAGAAGGAGAAGGAGGGCGGGGGCGGAGGGGGAGAAUCGGAGGACGAGGCGGCGGUGCCGGAGGAGCUGCUGCAGGACGACCCGGAGGUGUCGCCGCUGGGCACCAUGAAGUGGAAGCGCGGCGAGCUGCUGGGCGAAGGCGCCUACGGCAAGGUGUUUCUGGGCCUCAACGAGCGCACGGGCGAGCUGAUGGCCGUGAAGCAGAUGAAGCUCACGGCGGGCGACGAGCGCGCCAUGCACAUAGCAGCGCUGGAGCGUGAGAUCGUGCUGUACCGCAAGAUGCGGCACCGCCACAUCGUGGGGUACAUUGACAUGGAGAAGGACCCCUCCGACGGCUCCAUCUACAUCUUCCUCGAAUUCGUCUCCGGCGGCUCCAUCCACAGCAUGCUGGAGAAGUUUGGCAAGUUCAGCGAGUCGUUGGUGCGCGUGUACACGCGGCAGCUGCUGCUGGGGCUGGAGUACCUGCACCGCUGCAAGAUCAUCCACCGUGACAUCAAGGGAGGCAACGUCCUCGUCGACCGCGACGGUGUCAUCAAGCUCGCCGACUUUGGGGCAUCCAAGGCGUUCCAGGAGGGCACGGUGGGCGAAGGGUGCAAGUCGAUCCGCGGGUCGGUGUUCUGGAUGGCGCCCGAGGUCAUCACGGGCGCGGGCUACGGCCGCAAGGCCGACAUCUGGAGCCUCGGCUGCACUGUCAUCGAAAUGCUCACCGGCAGCCACCCGUGGCCGGGCAUGGACAACACGUGGUCCGCCAUCUUCCACAUCGCCAAGACCACCACGGGCCCGCCCACGCCUGAAGAGAGCAGCGCCGACGGCAGGGACUUCCUGGCCGCCUGCUUCCAGCUCGACCCCGCACUCAGACCCUCCGCUGCUCAGCUCCUGCAGCACCCAUUUGUGCAGGUGCCCGACACGCCCAGGGAUGCGCGCAUGGCGGGAUUCUGAUGUGCUCGCUUACCCACUGCCUGCUGUUUCGCUGCCAUGCCUGUUCUGUGUGGUGAAAUUGUAUCUUAUCAAUCUGCAAUAAAGCUUGUAACAGCUG